UACACGCACAACAGUUUACAGUUUACAGGAGCUUUCGAGGAGAACUCCGCAAAUCCGCUUGAUUUUCUGUGUUGGCACCCGAAUCCCUUUCUUUUUUAAACAGAUUUGGUUAUUCAUUCCUUACCUUGAGUUUAUUCAAUUAUUACUCUCUCGAAUGUCUUGGCACGAAAACAAAUAUGCGACAAAUAUUACUGACCGUCGCUGAAAAACAUCAGAGAUGAUGAUACGUUCCUCGACGUUUCCGAUGCAAACUCAUUCAGGCAGACAGUGACACAGGAAGAAAAAUCUUUUAGAUUCUUUAUUGACGGAGAAGUAUCACAAGGAAGAGAAUUUGAUAUUACGUUUGUUGAAGACAGCCAGAAGAAGUGGAAUUUUAACCAGCAGUGUUUUGCUGCAUGUGGCGCUUACACCUGGAAUUGACAAUAAGGAAACUCUUCUCGUGGAUGUUUUAUUCAAAGAGUGUUUUUAUUAUCUAUUGCCGAAAGAAAUAUUCGCCCGCGGUUCCUUGGAGAUUAAGUGUACUGGCGAACCCCAUCAUGCUGUAAUUUCUGAAAGUGAAGGGUUGGCAUGGCUAAUGAAACUACCUCUUUACCGACAACGGAGGCGCAAGAGAAAGAAAUUCCCUUUUGGAUGAUAGCUGUAUGGUGUGUGGCCCGUAUCCUUGCCACUACGAUGAUCAUAGUGGCUAUCUAUUAUAGCCACUAUGUUUGCUGUCAAACCAGGAAUAAGCGAAAAAACAGAAGACCUUACGCAAAGCACCAACAUUUGAGUCACCCAGUAGAUGUAUAUCCCAGAGCAUUCAUUGAGCAACUGCAUGACAGUGAAACCAACUCGAGAGCCAUGUUCUCUCCGUCGUUCGUGGAUAAUAUGAGAAUACCUCGUGCAAUGGAGGUCAAAAUUAUAGAAUCAGUGUAUAGUUUAAACAACACUCAUCCUCGACCUCAACUCGACUCACCUUGUCUCUCGCCUAAACGUAGUGACAGCAAGGAGUAUUUAAGCUCAGAGAUGUUUUCCCUUCCCAAGGAAAGGAUCCCACCUUCCAGACAACAGUCUUUUAGAUAUUCAGACAUGACCACUGAGGAGUCCAAUGAGAGAAUUUACAGGGAGAAGAUGUUGGUAUCUGAGUUAAGGGAGAAACUUCGUCAUCAAAAUAUUAUUAAUGAGUAAGUAACAAGUGAGUGCUAAACGAGGCUAUGUCAAAAGACUGCAACAGCCAUUCACAUCAAGAUAAGAACUCACGGACGAGAGAAAUUACGUGUUUGGGUGGAGGGUAGAACCAUGCAAUUUAAAUGAGAAAAUGGAGGAACCUGAUUAUUAAUUCAAGAUAAGUAAAGCAGUGAAUUAAGUGCGAUCGAAAGAGCCCAUCACCUCACGCAAAGGUCAGACGAAAUUAUCCAUCAAGAAAAAACGACAAGUCUAUGAUUUAAGAGCCAUUGAAGGAGUCAAGGAUAGAGAAAAAAAAAGAAACAAACAAACACAAACUCACAAACAAAAAGAAAUAAGUAAACGCAAGAAAUGCGACUUAUUGGAGUUAAAAGGAUUGGCGCGUUGCCGGAGAUGAAAAAGGUGCUCCCGGAGAGCGAACAGCUAACGAAACUUGUCACGCUGCUGAAACAUUAAAAGCCGAGUUCAAAAUGAAUCUUGAGAUUCAUCUGGUUCGCAGGACGUGAUUUCGCCUUAUUAAUUAAAGGCAUUCUUGGUCUGCUUGCAAGUAUAGUAAGAAUCGCACUACUGCCUCUCCAAGUACGCCAGGACUUGUCACAUGUCAUAUGAAUCAUCUUCAGUAGCCAAUGGAAUACGAAAUGGAUAACUUUCAUGAUAAAAGAAAAAAAAACAUUACUGGCAUCAACUGUUGGAUAAGACGCGGUUUUCAGGGAGAAAAUGAACGCUUUUACACAUGAUUCUGUAUUUUUGUAUAAACUUCGAAAUCAGUGUAAGACUCCUGGAUCACGUAUGAUAGGUUUGCUCCUGAAAUUGUAAAAACCCACAUUGAGCGAACUUACACCACUUAUUGAAUCCCUCUAGUAAACACCAGAAACGUUAGCAUCGAUAAUGUGGCAAAACAAAACAUUUAAUGUAAAGCCGAGUGAAAGAGCUCUACGUGUGUAUUUUGAAACGUUGUAGAUUUCCUGGCUGUCUUCUGAAAAAUAAAAUGUGUAAAUACCAAA